AUGUAUCGGUUUUCUUUUCGGUCAAGAGGCCGUCUCGUUCAAUCAACUUGGGCUCCUCGUGUAUUUCGUUUCGUAGCCACGAGCUCUGUCCCCAAACCAGUCCCCGAAGCCCCCAUCUUUCCUGUCCUGAGGAACAAAACCGCGAUCAUCACGGGCGGUACGCAAGGCAUGGGCAAAGCAACCGCAUCGGUGUUCUUGCGAGCCGGAGCCAAAGUGAUUAUAGCUGAUUUAAAAGCGGAGGGUGCGCAGACGGCGGAGGAGCUAUCCUCUAUGGGCGAUGUCCGGUUUGUGCAAACCAACAUCUCCAAGUCAGGAGAUGUUCAAAGCCUCAUUUCGGAGACCGUCAAGGCCUUCGGAAGAAUUGAUGUGGCGGUCAACAACGCUGCCAUGAUUCCGGACAAGACUACGUUGGUUGAUUUCGACGAGGACUAUUGGAGAAGAUUACUCGACGUAAACCUUACGGGCACCGCCUUAUGUUGCAAGUAUGAGAUGCAGCAGAUGCUGAGACAGAAAUCAAAGGGAUCUAUUGUCAACAUCGCCUCCGUCAACGCGUACAUGACGCAGCCGCUCAUGCCAGCAUACACAGCAAGCAAGCAUGCGUUGCUGGGAUUGACCAAGCAUGCGGCAACAGAGGGAGGCCCAGCAGGCAUUCGAGUUAAUGCUGUUGCACCAGGGGCGAUCUAUAGCGAGAUGUCUGCGACGGCAUUAAAGAUCAUUGGCGUCACGCACGAGGAAAUGGCACUCAAUAUUAGCAGCUUGAAUCGUUUUGGAGAGCCGCACGAAGUGGCCCAGGGGUCGCUUUGGCUUGCUUCGGACAGUUCAUCGUAUGUGAAUGGUAUUUGCUUGCCCAUCGAGGGAGGUUCGUACAAUGACCCAGAGCCAGAGGCCUAA